AGGGUUAAAAUAUUCAAGUAUAAACCCUUACAACGCGUGUGGUAUUUUAGCCUCUAAACAUCACAAUUGUGUAUGCACUCAUUGUAAAACAGUUCAGCACUUUAAGGGUUAACAAUGUUUAUAUUAGUAUUUCUUUAUUUAUUACCAAGCUUUGAAGCAGCUUUGGUUAUCAAUGUGUCUCCAACUAAACUAGAUGCUGGUCUGUCAAGAAACCUGAACGUAGAAUGUCUCUCAUCCCCUGGUGAAGUUCCCGCCAUGUCGUAUCUAACCUCCUUGUCUCUUUACUUCGCUAAAAAUAACCCAGAGACGGAACAGAGUGAUCAUUUAGAAAGUCAGAGAUUCAGCUAUCUUGCUUCGAUAAACAGCUUUGACUCCAUUGUCAAUGUCGAAACAGACCAAACUUCCAGUGUAAAGUACUUUGGUCAGAUAAAUAGAAGUAAUGCAUCUUUCCUUCGACUUACUUGGGAAUACCCGGACUCGAGACAAGCCGGUGUGUACAAGUGUGAAGCCAAUGGUAUCAACGUGAUUGGAAAGCCAGUGUCACUGACAGCCGAGUCUUCGGUCACUGCUGCAGAUCCAGACACUAAACGUCUGAUUACAGAACUACAGAAACUUUCAAGGAUGGUAGAAGAAAUUCAAUUGCGUGUCAACAGUUCGGAAACGCGCAUAGAAUUUCUUGAGUCCGAAAGUCAAUUAAAGUUCUUCAGACAACAGGCUGUCGAGGAAGCACUCUUCGUAGUGAUACCAGAGUUUCAAGGGAGGAAAUACAUGCUGACCAAGAACAGACUUUUAAUGACAGCUGAUCAGGCUGUUAUGUUGUGUGGGAUGUUUGACGGCUACCUGGCUGAAAUCGAUACCGAGGCUGAAUACAACUACCUUCGUGACCAUAUGUUUAAGCCAAGUUCUUUUGAUUUUAUUGUCACAGGGGCAACAGACGACAAAACCGAAGGUGUUUGGAUCAACAGGUGUAGUCAAUCUCGCGCAACUUUCUUCAAUUGGGGAAUUCAACAACCACAAGGGGGUAGGCUAGAAAACUGUCAAUGUUUCGCCCGGUAUGAUAGCUGGCUUCAACACGAUCUGACUUGCUCUGUGUUCACCUCCGAAUCUGUUGGAUUUCUGUGUGAAGUAGAUAAAGACAGAAAACAACAGUGUAGCGCGUCGAAGUUAUAAAAAAAUGUACAAAUAUAAUAUACAAUGUAUAGAUCUAGAUAGAUAUACAAGAUAUUGAGAGAAGCUUUUGUUCAUUGUAGAACUUAAUACAAAAAAAUAAUAAGGUUUUAACCAUAGACAUAAAUAAAUAUAGACUGGCCGAUUAAAGAGUUUUAUGAAACGAAAA